AUGGCCCAUAAAUGUGGAUUUGAAGCUGGAAUUACUGUAUUAUUAGCUGGAGAUUUUCGCCAAACUCUUCCAGUUGUGCCAAGAGGAACCAGAGCUGAUGAAGUCAAAGCUUGCAUUAAGUCAUCGAAUCUAUGGCAGCAUACAUUAAAGCCUUCUCUCUAUGGAAAUAUGCUCAUCCAUCUGAGAGGAAAUAACUCUGCAAUAAAUAAAUUUUCUGAAAUACUAUUAAAAAUUGGUAACGGAAAUUAUCCUCAGGUUGAAGGUAAACUGAUUAUACCUUUAGAGCUUGGCGUAGUAGUAAAUACAUUGUCUGAGUUAAUGGCUGAGAUAUACCCUGAUAUAUGCAAUAUCAACAAAAAAUCAAAUGACUGGUUAUGUGAACGUGCAAUCUUAAUACCCAAAAAUGAUAGAGCUGCAGCAAUUAAUGACAAUUUGUUGAAUUUAUUUAAUUCUCCUGAAAUGGAUUAUAACUCAAUAGACUCAGUUAUACAAGCAGAAGAUGCAAUACACUAUCCUGUAGAGUUCCUAAAUUCUUUAAAUCCACCAGGAUUUCCAAAUCAUCAAAUUAAUUUAAAAAUUGAAACUCCUAUUAUGCUGUUACGAAACUUACCCCUCCAAAACUUUGCAACGGAACACUUUUGCGUGUAA